UCUUUUUCUGCCCUUGUCGUGAAUAUAAACGGAUGUUAACUUCCGAUUCAAGGCCAAACGGAUGUGCACAUACGCUUGAACCCUGGUCUGGGUGGUCUGGGCGCUGAUGGAUAUUAAGAGACCUGAAACUGGCGGCGGGAUCCUUAGGAAUGGCCUUUGCCAACAUCACAUGUUAUUCGGUCGGUGCUAUCGAGUCCUUCGACGCAAACUGCUGUGAUCCUAACAUCACCCGCAUGGCACACACCUACCUCAUCUUUUCCCUCCCUGACCUCCCCACCCACUCCUUUCUCCAUCCAAUCCGCAUUUACCUUCACGCGCAGGGCGUCACCCACCCGGUCACCUUAGCGUCCCUGGCUGGAACCCUCCUCCACUUCCCCUUCAACUACCUUCUCGUCAUGCGACUCUGUCGCGGCCUCGCCGGCGUCGCGGCAGCUUCCGCUGCCUCCAGCCUCUCCAUCCUCCUCUUCCUCGCCACGCACAUGUGCCUCACAGGCCUCCGCUGCGCCGCGUCGACCCGAGACUGUCUCUCCGGGUUGAAGCCGCUGCUCCGGCUCGCCGCGCCGAGCUGUGUCUCCGUUUGCCUGGAGUGGUGGUGGUACGAGAUCAUGAUAGUUUUGUGUGGGCUUUUGGCACUUCAACUGUUGCUUCCAUGGGUAUACUCAUUCAAAUAACUUCCUUUAUUUACAUUUUUCCCUCUUCGUUGUGUUUUGCAGUUUUCACUCGUUCGGAACAAACGCAUUUGGAGAGAGAGUGAAAAUAAGAGUUGGGGA